CCACACUGAGGAGAGAGUGAUUACCAUACAUUCUGGUCCCAACUAUAAGUUUUUCUCUAGUAGAGCCCAAAACCAACAAGAAAUCCAACCUCAAAAAUCCAAGUUCCACUUAUUCCCAAAAUUGGAACCCCAAAAUUAUUUUGCCAUCAUUCCUACCACUGGGCUGGAUAACAAAGACAUAGACCUUUGCAUGAUAUCUACUAAUGAAGAAUUCAUAUAAGGCUCCAAUCCUGAGAACCAAACCAUCUAUAUCAGAGACAAAAAAAACAAGUGUCUAAUUAGCCGAUGGCCACAUGCAGCAUAGACAGCCAAGAGUUCUGCUCUAGGCGGCCCCCUAAAUUUCAGGCCCCCCAUCCUCUGGGCUCCCGCCAGCCAAACAAGGAGAGCAUGAUAGUAGACAUACACACUCAUCAGGCCGAAUUUGGGGUUGUGUGUGAGGGACCUAAGUUUCAUGGGGAGGCUCACUGCAGGGAGGCCCUCAGAAGCCUUACUCUAGGAACACGUCCCAUUCUGGUCACAGAUAAUGUGGUCUGCCCCCGAUCUCCAACCACCCUGACCAUUGAUCCCCAACAGCUCCAACUUUCUGGCAAAGUCCAACCCUGGGCCCCCAGCCCUGGUCCCUCUCCAACAUCUAAGGUCACAGACAGGCAAAUCACAAUCACAGGCAAGUCAGUGACAAGAAACAGCCAUGCAAACCUGGAAGAGAGGGGCAAGUCUGUCACCCCGGUGCCCACAAAGAUCGGACUGCUUAGCAGUCAUAUCCCCCUGGAGCCAUCCUACUUUGUUGGGCAAAAUAUUCUAACUUACCAGAAGGAAACCUUCCGGCCCCGGGUGACAUCAGGCAAAGGUAACCCUACAUCCUCCUUCUGGGCCCCACAAACUUAUUCCUCAUCAGACACCUCUAGGAGGGCAGUGACUAUGGAGCACAGAAAGGGUGCGAUGCUCAGAAGCCAGUGCGAGGAGCCAGCCUGCUACGGCUCAACCAGAGGGGAAGGGCGCGCCGUCCAUUCCUACCAGGGCAGUCUGAUAGGAGGCGUUUGUAAUGCAGCUGAGGUCCCCAGGAAGAACAAUGCGGAGUCCCUCCAAUAUGCUUCCCUCUUCCACAAGGAAUUAGCCACAGCUUCGGUGACCAGCAGCAUGGGUUCUGCCCAGCCCUCGAUGCAGAGCAAAGGUACCUCUGUCUUGAGGAUGUCCCUCUCCCCGGACAUCCACGUGUGUGCCGGAAAGGACGGCACGAGUCAGGGGAUGGCCAGCCAGAACUCCAACGCCAAGGCUUCCCAGGACACAGCCAGCAGCACCAGCUACAGAAAAUCCUCCGAUAAGACCUCGUCCAUCGGCCCCUCCUGCCCUAGUGUCAUUUAUAAGACAUUGCCCAUGGCUGUGGUGGACAAAGGUUCCAGUUAUACCAAAUACUCCCUCACUGAGCCAAGUGAAAACCGUACAGUGAUCAACCCCUUUGGGUUAUUGCGAGGACCCAGCUACGAGCUGGUCUCCAACGCUGACUUCCAAGAGCGGCCCCCUUCCCAAGUGGCCUCCUGCCACCCGACGGACCUCUACAAGAGCCUGGCUGCCGUGGUGAUCGACACCGGGACAGGCUUCAGCAAGUGCGGUCUGGCGGGGGAGGACCGCACCCGCGCCGUCGUGCCCACCCGGGUGGGGAUCCACCGCAGCCCCCAGGGCGACAGCACCCCUUACUACAUCACCGAGGACGCCGAGGCGGCUUGCUCCACGCUGAUUCGCGGCGUGGUCUCCGACUGGGAUGCCCUGGAAGUCCUCUGGAACCACAUCUUCUACAGCAAACUGUGUGUGGAUCCUGAGGAGCUGGCUGUGCUGGUGGCUGAUUCGCCCGUCUCCCCCUGCACCAAUCGUGAGAAGGUCGUGGAGCUCCUGUUUGAGUGCUUCGGGGUGCCCGCCAUGCAGACGGUCCACCAGGCGUUACUCACUCUCUACGCCUACGGCCGCACCACGGGCCUGGUCAUGGGCAGCGGGCACGGCACUUCCUACGUGGCGCCCAUCAUCACAGGGGAGCUCGAGCGGCUCAACAUCUCCCGCCUGGACGUGGCCGGGAAGGACCUCUCUGAAUACCUCUCCCAGCUGCUUCUGGCUGGCGGGCAGCCGCCCCCCAAGGCCGACGUGCUGACCCACAUGAAGGAGACCUGCUGCUACGUCACACUGGACAUGGUCUCCGAGCUCUGCCAGGUGGAGGGCAAGUACCGGCUGGACUUUGUCCUCCCGGACAAGCACGUGCUCUCGCUUGGGGCCGAACGGUUCCGCUGCCCCGAGAUCUUGUUUAAGCCUGACAUCCUGGGCCUCGAUCAGCCCAGCCUCCCGCAGCUGGCCCAGAUUAGCAUCAGCCAGCUGGAGCCGCACUUGCAGGAGCGACUCUUGGCCAACGUGGUCCUGGAAGGCGGGACCACUCUGCUGAACGGCUUCUCGGAGAGGGUGCAGCGGGAUCUGGGGCCCGCGGCCACCGUCUUAUCCUUGCCUCACCGAGCCAUUGCUGCUUGGCUAGGAGGCUCCAUUAUGGCUUCCCUUGAUUCCUUCCAGACUCUGUGGUUGAGCCGCGGGGAGUACCAGGAAGAGGGCCCGUGGGCCAUCUAUAAGUACCACCUGUGAUGGUUGUGGGAGCAUAAAGUUACUCUGGCAGUCAGAGAG